AUCAUUCAUCUUACACCAGUGUGGGUUGCGUCUAAGGCGAAGCUGGGUGGUGUUAAUUAUGGCUGAAACUCAAUACAAACCGCCCGGACUGGAGGCAUGGGACAUUGUGAUAGUUGUGCUGUAUUUUAUUGUCAUACUUGGUGUUGGACUUUUCGUGAGUAUUCCUCAAUUCAGUUUGCUGUUUAUCUUUUGAGUCAAGCUGAGCUUAGCGAAGCCUGUGUUCAGCUGUUUCUUUGGCCCAACACCCAGCUAUGUGCUUUGUUCAUUUCAAAGUCGGCUCGAUUGGGUAUGAAUGUCACAGCUUCGAAUUAUUUUGUAGGUUUGAACAGCUAAAACUGCAAUUUAAUGGCAUUAAUAUCUCGGCAAUUUCCACCUUUGUUGACGGGCUUUUAGCGUGUUCUCGGCCGGAAAGAAUAAUAAUAAUAACAGUAAUUAACUUGUUUGGUUUUUAUGAUCUCGCUAAACAUCGUACACCUUGCGCUUUCAGAGGUGACAACUAUUUCUGAGUUUGCCUUACUGCAGACGGGUCUCUCAAAUCUUAACGAAAUUCAGACUAGAUCACUGAUACACUUUUAAACACAAGGAAAUUGCAAACGCGUGGUCUCAAGUGUUUACACAUUUAACCAACGUAAGUUGAGAGCGAAUUCCUUUCAUCGGAGAGUUACAAUAUCGGUGGGUUAGACAUAAUCACACGAAUUAAGAAUGUUUGAUUAUUCAUGUGAUUACCUCUCUAUUUCAUAUUUAUUUGAUAACAAAAUUUCCAAAGCACCUGUUGGUUUUAGAUAUUCCUUAACUCUAAUAUUUAUCGUACGUUUCAUCGAUAAUAAGUCGUAGUUAGCGAACAAUGCUAUUUCCGCUGUUGCGGCUGGUAACAUUAAUACUUGUGUAUUAUUUCUCUGUAAUCUUUUGUUUUGUCGAGUGUGCUAAUUUAAAAACAAAUAUUAAGUUACUGUUUGGGAAGAACUCAAUAAAAAAAGGAAAAAAGUUUAUCACUUGGGUGAGGGCUCCACACGCAAAUUUUGUGCAUAAACUUUGACACAGAAGAAGCGUCUGACGCUAACGAAAAUGAUUGGUUCUUUAGAAUAAUGUGAUACGAGGUGAUUGCAUGACAGUCGACAAUCGUGUGAAAUCUGCUACGUGAAAGGCAUGUGAAAAAAUAUUUGAAAAUCAUGUGAAAACAUUUUAACACUUCGUGAAAAUUAACCCAUGAUUUUCACAAAGUUUUCCAAUUAACACUGAACACUGGUUCUAAUGUGGUUUACUGUAAAGCAAAACAGAAAACUAGAUACAUUCUUUUAGUAAAGCUUGGACACAAACCUGAACUGAUUGUUCAUGAGUCUCUGUGAAUUUUUUGUGGAGCAACUUCAGAAUACCCCGCAACUCAUUUACAUGUCAUUGAAUAACAAUAGCGUCUAUUGUGUUUUUUUUUGUAAUUAAUCCAGACAGUAAUUACUCAAGCACAUACUUGGAGGAUGCCUGCGUUUGAAAUUUGCAUUCAAGAACUAAUGAUACAGAUCCUUUAAUCAAUUAUGUUACGCAUAAGUUUCUCUCAGGUUGAUUUAUUAAAACAAAUAGACCUUCUUUAUCAAUUACAUGGUUUCCUGGUAGUAACAUACUCACAAAUUGUGUCAAUCAGUGACAGUCCAAUACUAAAACAUAAGUGAUGGGGAACAAUAAGCUCUAAGUAUUCACUAUUUUACCUUGUUGGUCAGUAAAGAUGUUCUUGUUUGUCACUCAUAUAGGAUAGCAACAAGUGCCCAACAAGGAUCCUUAAAAUUUCCCAGUCAAAUGCUCUACCACUGUCCAAGCUACAGGCAAUAUACUAUGUUGCCCUUCUAGGGUACUCUUAUGUUACCUCUCUCUCCCCUCCCUAAUUGUGACAAAACACCUUUCUUUAUUCAAUUACCGGCUAAAAUUUUACUACCUAGUUACGCUCAUAUUAUGCAUUACAUAUUGUUGAUUUCAAAAUUGUCUGAGAUGCUUAUCACAUAUUAACUUAGAAUAUACGAUAGCCAAGCUUAUAUAGAUACCAGCUUUGUAGCUGAAUGGGCCACCGUGAAUAAAUAAAUAAAGUUUAUCUUAUCUCUUAUCUCAUCCCCGGAGGACAGUGGUACUUGCUAGAGCAUCAGACUGAGAAAUCAGAAGGGCAGAGGUUUGAAUUUUAGCAGAGUGUCCUUUUUUUUCGUCCUAUGCUUAAAACUAAUGAUAACAUCCUUUUACUAUGGAUGCAUUCAGCUGAAAUUUUAUAACUUCUAUUAAAUCUAUUUGUGAAUGCCACUGUUCACGAUGACCACAAUAAUUUGUAUAAUUUCUUACAGGCUAUGUUCAAGUCCAACCGUGGAACUGUCAGUGGCUAUUUCUUGGCUGGACGAUUUAUGACCUGGCUUCCAGUAUGUAAAGUUAUCUUGUUUAAUUGUAAAGAAGGCUUUUAUUGAUAAACCUUUCAUUCCCAAGUUCUCGUUACUGUCACUAUAUAAUCCUUAUGAUAUUAGUUUGGAGAAUUUGGUAUUUGAUAAACUAAUAAUCCCCUGAUUGAUUUAUUUCUUUAUUCUUGUCACUUGUCUGUGUGAUAAUGUAUUGAGAUUGUAAGGAGAAAUUCUGUCUUGGUCACUCUUGGGAGUUAAAGGGAUAAAACCCUGUUCCAUGUUGUUAUUGGGUUUCUCUGUCAUUUUUUCUUGCAUUCAUUUGACCUGUAAUAGGAAUGUAUAUUUUAACAAACAUUUAUGAAUAAUCUUAGUGGCAACUAGUUCUCUUUUAGUAUGAUUUUUGGGGUUUAGCCCCUUUAAACUACUUUUGUUUUAAGUGGGUAAGUUGAUCUCCCAGAAGGCCUCCUUUCUGGAUUUGGUUAAAUUUCAUAUUUUCUAUAAAUUUGUGUUAUACCCUUGAAGCAUCAAUAUAUGUUUUAUGGAAAUGUGUAUCUCACCUACCUGGAGAUUAUAAGAAUUAAAUAAUUAAAAUGUUAUGGCUCACUUUUUGAAAACUGAAUAGUCAGGUGCCCAUAUUAUGCUACUUUUGCCAAAAAUUCAAUUUCCAAUCCUUUUUUUUUUUCUGCUUGCCAUGGCCACUAGAAUAGUGGCAGCUUGGAAGGGUUGAUAAAUGACUAAAUGUGGUGAACUGUAAUAAUUAUUUUAUCAAAUGGCAGUUGAGAUUAACAUCAUGUUAAUGGAAAAUAUGUUUUGAAAAUAGGUUGGUGCAUCACUUUUUGCAAGCAACAUUGGCAGUGAACAUUUUAUUGGAUUAGCAGGAUCAGGAGCAGCUGGCGGAAUUGGAGUUGGAGCAUUUGAGUUCAAUGUAAAUAGUUUAUCAAAAGUUAAUUUGUUAAUUUAAGCAGAUGAGAUUUGGAUAGAGUUGUAAUAUCUGAAUAACUGCUGGUGUUUCAUUACCAAUACCCAAUGGAAUUGGUUGGUAACUUGUAGGAGUGGAAGUAAGUGUGCACCACAACAAAACAAAACAAACAAACAAACAAAAACCAAGAGUUUGUCAAGAUUUUGUCAUUUUUUUAAAAAUUCUAUGCUGUUUGAUUUUUUGAUGAGGAGCAAACAGUUAAAAAACCUCAUAUGCAAAGAUGGGAGUGGAGCAUUUUGUUGAUGUAAAAAAUUAGUUUGUCAAUUGAGCCUUUGAGUUGUGAGUUUUAGAGGGUUGCUUUGUGCAGAAUUAAGAUUAGAGACAGUGUGACUGUCCUGGAAAAUGCUGUGAAUUAGCAAAAACCUAUGCUUGUACAGGACAAGGUGCAGCAGAUAUUUUUGCAUAAUCUGAUAUAACUGCAUGAGCUCUCCAUGAAAUGGCAGACACUUCAAAGAUGAAAGUCUCUCACCUUUUACUCCAAAAAAGUUGGUAGAUAUAGUAUCUGAAGGCUUGGAGUAGACUGAGUUGUUGAGACCAGUGAUUCUGAUUUUUGUUUGUUCUUUUAUUAGGCAAUAAUUCUUCUACAGUUGCUUGGCUGGGUGUUUCUACCAGUUUAUAUUGCUGGUGGGGUAAGUUUUCAUUAAAAAAUUUUGCUUAAGCAAACAACUAUGUCAAGAUGUAUGGAGUUUUCCUCUUAAAAAGAAAAAGCUUUGACAUCUUUAAAUACCAAUGAUAGCUAAUUAUUUUUUUCUGGCCACAUAACAAGAUAUUUUGAUAGAAUUUGGCUUUCUUCCAUUGUAACUGAAUUCUUUGAAAUGGCCUCUUAUACAAACAUAGUAUUAUAUUAGAAAAUGCCCUGAAUGGAAUGGCUUUAAAUAGGAAUUACUAAUUAGGAAAUGAAUGUGUCAUUUUCAUUUUUCUUUUCAAAAUUGCUUGAUGCUGGCAACACAAGAGACGACAAUUUCAAUACAAAAGGGUUAAUAAAUAGCAACAAUUUGAGAUGCUGUGUUAGACACUGGCAAAUGACAAAUGGUCAAAACUGAACUAGUUACUGUCGGCUUUUAAGAGUAAAGAUCUUCAAAUUAACAAUGAACAAACAAUUUCUUGCAGUUUUUCCUCAGUGUUUAUUUAAGAAUCAGAGGAAAAUUGAUCAAAAUUUGAGUCUUUUUUUGUCAUUUGCCAUAAAUGACAUGCCUGAACUCACUAACUAGUAUCAGUUAACCUGAUGCAUCAGUAUCCAUAUUCUCCAUAGUGUUCUCCAUAUGUUUCCUAAGGUGCUGGCAAGGAGAAUUUGUUUGACAAUCAAUAGCCUCUUAAGUUGGUGAUCAUUUCCUUUAUUCUCAUGGCCUUUAUGUGUGAUUCAGGGGUGAUGCUGUAAGAAGAAAUUAGGUGCUAAGUAACUCUGAGGGGUCAAAGGGUUAAUUACUAACAUCAGGAUGUUAUCGUUUUUUCUUUGUUGUGUGCAGAUCUGUACCCUUCCAGAAUAUAUUUCCCGUCGCUAUGGAGGAAGAAGACUUAGAAUGUGGCUUUCAGUUUUAUCUCUUCUUCUGUACAUUUUCACAAAGAUAUCUGUAAGUUGAUGUCAUUGUUGCCAUACUUCAAUUAAAUUUUCCAUUUAUAAAUUAAGGUAUUCAUCUUAAAGGCAGGCUAGAUGAAAUGAUGAGUCUAGAAAUUUGCCUUGUACUAAAUGAACAAUUUGAAUAGGGCUAUAAAUGAAGAGGAUAAAACUCUGCUGGGGUCAUGAUUCCUUAGCAAAAGCUGAAUAAGCUAAUGAAAAGGUUCUUCUCCAGAAGACUCCAAGAUUUCCAAAUAUGGUAUGGUUAAUACAGUUGAGCCUGUAUUAAGCUGUCACCUAGGGGAAUGACAAGGUGACUGCUAAAUUCAGGUUGACCACUAAGCACAGGUCCCACGGUAAAGAGGUAUUAUAAAAGGCAAUUAAAAAAAUUCCAUUUUAUGCCAUGAUUGACCACUUAAUGUACAAGAACUUUCUUAAAAAUACUACUAGCGUUAUUACCAAUGAACAAAAAUUAAAAAAAAUUUGAGAAACAAUUUAGCCAUUGGUUAUACAUUUUCAUUAAAGAAAAACAGUCAACUCAGUCAAAUGCAUGACAACAGCACCUGCACAUGAUGCAUACAGCCCAAUUCUACAGGCAUAACUUGUACACUGUCAAAUUACAAGCAUGACAAAUACACUAUCAUAUUAGUACUGAAAUUGGGCUGGUGUCAUAGCCAAUCAUGUUCAAGAGCUUUUUAAAGUUUUGACACGAUCUGAAAACUUUUCAGUCAUCUGGUAAGAAAAGGAUGUGAGCUGUGAGAUAAAAGUCAGAUGGAUGUCUGGUAUAAAAAUACUUCACUUACUUUGAUUUCAGGUUAAUUUAUUUUCUGGAGCCUUGUUUAUCCGUUUGGCUCUUGGUUGGAACUUGUAUUUGGCCAUUUUGUUGAUGCUGGGAAUGACUUGUCUCUGUACUCUCACAGGUUAGGAUUUUGUUUUUGCUCUUUUGUCCUAAGGGAUGGGUAACCUGGAAGAGUUGAGUAAGGGAUCCACUCAUCAGUGGCUGGGUAUCCUGUGAAAAGAAUGGAAGGCUUCAAGUGGCCAUUAGGCUGUCAACCUUCUGAGUUUUUUCCCAAGCUUUCCUGAUUGGAAAAAUCUGUAACUUACAUUUAGGAGAAAAAACUUGUUUGCAUUGGUAGAGGAGAUUGUACAUAACUUUGACAAAACUGUCUUUCGUUAUGUUAACCCUUUCACCUCUAAAUUCUAAAUAUCAAUUCUUUGGGCUCCCUGAAAUAUUUUUAUAUAGAUUUAGUGCUGAGAAGUUAGUUUUGGUAUAUUAGUGCUGAGAAGUUAGUUUUAUUUUCAUAAAUUUCCUUAAGUGGAUAUUUUUCUUGUUCCUCACGACCUGCUUCAACAGUUAUCAGAAUUGUGAGGAUAAUUUCUUUCUGGUCACUUUUGGGAGUGAAAAAAAAUAACAUGGAUAGUUAGCAUAUACCAUGCAUAGUAAGCAUAUAAAUGCUUUUGCAUGUGGUAAUUGGUUCAUUUGGAAAUGAUUAGCAGGUAUCACUCACCUUUAAGUGGCUGCAGAGAAAAAAAAUUGUGCAUCAAAAGCUUAAUUUCUGACCAUUUUUUGGUAUAUUGAUAGAAAUAAACAAAUUUUGUGGUUUCUAUGUGAUACACACUUCAAAGUGGUGGAUAUUUACCUCUUCUGUUUGCCACUCUAUAGAUAUCUACCACUCUUCACUUCUGCUUUGGGAUUUAACUCUUUAACUCCUAGAGGUGAUUAGCAUGUAACUUCUCCCUGAAAUAUCAACACAUUAUCCAGCAAACAGGUAAUAAGAUUACUCAGGUAGAAGUUGCUAUCUUGAUCUAACACCAAAUUCUCACCACUAAUUUACAAGGAAAUGUGUGGUAGCUAGAGGGGAGAAUUAACAAUCAGAUCCUGGGAGUUAAAGGGUUAACCCACAUUUAAUGUAGGGUAUAGCUUGGUAGCUUAGAUGGAUGUAGGCACAACUAGUGUUCAAAUUCUAUUGAAGCCUGAAUUUUCUCAGGCUUUUUGUCUGUAUUUGCUAGAAUUGCAGCUCAUCUGCAAGUAUAUUUGCUUUACUUGAUGUUACAAUGCAAUAACCCACUCAAAUUAUUCUCUGGUAUUUUAACAGGUGGACUGACAGCAGUGAUCUACACAGACACUCUCUGUACUUUCCUCAUGGUUACUGGAUCAUUGACAGUCAUGGGACUUGGUAAUUUUGUUUCGUUUGUGGCUGAAGAAGGCUAAGAAAACCAUUUUUACUGUUAUCAAGGAUUAAAAAUUUUGGCACUAAAUGGUAACAAUCUUUAACCCUAAAUCUUCCCAUUUUAUAAUCCCUCCUCACCAGAAUCUUCUUACCCCUCAAAAUCUCAAAAAUACCAUUCUAUUGAGAAUGUAACUCCUUCAUGGUCAAUCCAGUCUUGAUAAUGUGACCCCAUUCAGGGGUACACUUAUUAUGAGGAAGUACCCCUCCUCCUCCCUGGGACCUCUGGUGUUUUAAAUUGCUUAAAAUUUUUGAUAUCUUAAACUUUUAACUUUUAUUUUUAAAAUUUGAGAGUUUUCUGUUCCUGGGGAUUUUUCUCCAAGGAUGGAAGAGUUUUGGAUCUAAUACUUCUGCAGGAUGCUCAGACAGCCUCCAAGUUGAUUCAAAGUUAAAAGUCAUUAUUUAACUGCAGAUGGUUGCUUUUGCUUCAUCAUCCAUCAUAUUGAGUUUAACCCUAUCUCUCCCAAGAUCUCAUUAGUAAUUCUCCUCACUCUCUGCCAUACAAUUUUAUGUUGUUAGUCAGGAGAAUUUGGUAUUGGAUCAACUAGUAAUCCCCUUGUUGAUAUCCUUCUUCAUUCUUGUCACUAGUCUGCUUGACAUUGUAUAAAAAUUGUACGGUGAAAUUCUGUCUUGGUAACUCAUGAGAGUAGGAGGGUUAAUUUGAUAUCAGCUCUUAAGGGUACCAGUGAAACUGGCCAAGUAAUUGGUUUGAAAACCAUUGCCUGUACAUGACUAUGAAUUCUAGAGAACCAAUUUGUUAAUUUGUGUUUGUUUUAUUUUUAGGAUUUGCUGAAGUUGGUGGUUAUGAUGGUCUAAAGCAAAAAUAUAUGAUGGCAGUCUCAAAUGAUACUUUGUACUCAAACAGCAGCUGUGGCCGGCCAAGGGAAGAUGCUUUUGUCAUGCUGCGAGAUCCUGUCAACUCCGACAUGCCUUGGGCGGGAUUCAUUUUUGGACAGACAAUUGCUUCAAUUUGGUAUUGGUGUGCAGACCAGGUUUGUUAUAAGUGUCUUGUAUAAAAGUAGAAGUUAUGUUAAGUAGUGAGUAGAAGUUAUUUAUAUUCAGGCAGGAAAUGUUUAAGGCCAAUAAAUUAGUGUCUAAUUCUAUGCACUUUCUGAACACCUACUAGAGACUGAAGAGACUAUUGUAAAUAUAGAACUUUUCGAUAGAAGGAGCAUGGGUUUUGAACCUGUUCUGCUCUGUACAAAGCAAAAUAAAAUUUGUUGACAAAUAUUGUGGAAGAAAACAAAUCAAGUCCUAAUACCUGUUAUUAAAGGAUUCUCUGGAAGUUUUCUGCAAAUCAUAGGUAUUUUUGGCUUCCUCUUUUCUAAACAGGUUCAAGGUUCAGCCCUUAAUGGUGAAUCUCUAUAGCCACAAAUUGGUCAGGAUUGAGUCCCAAUCCUAACCUUUUGUGUUCAGAAAUGCUGUUAUCAGGGAGCUUUACCUAGAUGGGGGGCCAAACCAGGUCUUGCCUACAUCUCAUGCAUCAUGUAUUUUUUAUAGUAUGUUCUAGACAGAAGAAGCGGAGGGUUUGGGUGGGGUCAAACCUCCCUCAUUUUUUGCUCUGCUGUUUCUAUUGUGCUAUUUUCCUUUUUGCAUUGUUUCACCAACAGAAUGCCUGCAACAGUUUAGAAUUUUUAAAGGUUGUGCAAAUUUAAACAACCACCUUUCGGCUUAGUAUUUAGCUGUUUGUUUUCUAUUAUGCAAGGUCAUUGUGCAAAGAGCUCUUGCUGCCAAAAGUUUGUCACAUGCCCAGGGAGCCUGCCUGUUGGCUAGCUACAUUAAGAUUUUGCCUCUCUUCACCCUGGUUAUGCCAGGAAUGAUUAGCAGGGUGUUGUCACCAGGUAAGGGAGGGGGAGAUGUGUGGGAGAGGGUAUAAGGAGAGGGGGUUUAAAUGAACUUAUCCAUUCCUAAUACUUUACACCAUAAGAUCAGUGUAUAUAUUCUCCACACUGUUCUUGUUACAUCUUCUGUGGCAUUUACAAGGAGAACUUGAUCCCCAUAGGAUUCAUGCAAACAAAAUAGCUAUUGUUUGAUGCAAAGAGCAGCAACCAUAUAAUGUGAUACAAGUCAAAAUGGCACCUACAGGGAAAUUGAUCCAAUAUUUGGUGCUUGUAUUUGUUUGCAGUUUUUGGUUCUUGUUUCCUAGUUUUUUAAAGGAAUCUUUAUAACAUAAGACAUUUUCUUCAUUUUAACAGCAGCUUGUUCUGACAUUUGAGGUUUCUUCAGACUAUUUGUUAAAUUUUUUUUAAUAUUGGCUGGUAUGACAUCAAUUUAUUUAUCUAAGUCAUUAUUUCUCCAGCUUUUCUUACCAAUUUGCUGCUUUGGUUGUAUCUCUAGACCGUGUUGCAUGUAGUGUCCCAGAAAAGUGCAUGGAGAUUUGUGGAAGUGAAGUUGGCUGCACCAACAUUGCAUACCCAGAGCUUGUUCUCAAGCUCUUGCCAACAGGUAAGCUGCAGGUGACUAUCAAUGCCCUUAGAGAUGCUGUGGUUGGAGUUUUUUUUAUCAUUCUUUUUUAGAGGGGAAUCUGAGCUAGCAUCCCAUUCAGAGGGAAUGACGAUACUCCUUCUGCCUUUUGCUUGGGAAACUUGAGGAUGAACUUCCGCAAUGAUAGAUAGGUCUCUAGGGUAUGCAGUACCUGUUGUGAAAUGUAUUUGAGAAAUUUUCAGUGAGUGUUGGAUGUUGGAUUGCUUUGUUUUUGCUAUUUCUUUAUGUGAUUGGUCCAGAAAACUCGUGCCCCUUUACUUUAAGUUCUUCUUGGCUCCUAGAGAUGUUUCCCUUACUCUGAUUGCCCUUGUGAUUGCUUUAGUUUUGGUUUAAGGAUCCUCAAUCGAAAGGCGCUCCAUAGUGAGUUUGGAGUAAGGAAAAUAGGAUUUGAAACGAAAAUGAAACUGGAUAGGGUCUCCUCUACUGAUUAAAUAUGAAAUUUCCUGGACACGUUUUUGCAAAACCCUAUCCGUGUGUCAUUGUCUUCCUUAAAUCAUACUCCCUAUCUCCUUAAAAUUAUUUAAAAAAUUUUCUAUGAAAAUUUGAAUUGUGUUCUCUUAAUUUUAGGUCUCAAAGGAUUGAUGAUGGCGGUAAUGAUGGCUGCUUUGAUGAGUGACUUGACCUCAAUCUUCAACAGCGCCAGUACGCUCUUCACCAUUGAUGUGUACGGCAGGUUUCGAAAAAAGGCCUCAGUUAGGGAGCUCAUGAUUGUGGGAAGGUAACAGUGGUUUCUUACGCGAAAUGAUUAACUAAUUAAUAAUUAAUCAAUAAUUGUUAAAAUUUUCCUUAAGACUCUGUAUGACAUUCUACCGCUGUUUAGCCUGCCAGCAGGCUCUCGUGUUGGGGUUAGGCACAGCGAGUUACUACACCAUUGAAAGCCACUUCUGGAAAAGUUGCUGACACCGUUCUUGUUACCACAUUUUGACAUCUUCUGUGAUCUAUUGUCGAACAGACGUACAAUGACGUGAAAUUCAUUUGUUUUUUUAUAAUAAGGAAGCAGUAUUGUUAAUGAUGACAUCAUCUGUGCGUCUGUCCUUGAAUAUUUCAUAAGGAGGAACCAAUCAAAUUGCGUGUGUACGUUAGCGUGUUAUGAAAUUGAAGUAGAUACUUGAUUUCCUCUCGGAUUUUUGAACGUAGGUUAAUCAGCUAAUAUCUCACAAGCAUUUCCGAUUCCAACCUCCACAGCAUAGUGGCACGUCAGCUACCAUCAGCUGAGUUGUAAGGUUUCAUGUUGGGAGAGAAUCUAGCAAAUUUUUGUGGGAUUUUGCUCACCCGUCGAAAGCUACGCGACGAAAAAUAGCGUUUUCUACAUGAAAAAUAGCGUACUUUCGAUAGAGUUGCGCGUUAUAAAAAGGCUCGAUUCUUUGUCAUCUCGAUUCCGAUGGCUCCUAAACGGCAGUUUGAAUAGGGCCGGCCAUUUCUUUAUUCGAAACAUCUGUGUGAUUUUAUAGGAUUAUGGUCGCAAUAAUGACAGGAAUAGGAAUCUUGUGGAUCCCUGUGGUUCAGAGUGUACAGGGAGGUCAGCUUUUCAUCUACAUCCAAGCUGUCAGUGCAUAUUUUUCCCCGCCAAUAGCAGCCCUGUAUUUGAUUUCCAUCCUCUGGACGAAGGCAACGGAGAAGGUUUGUCAUCGUACGUGCCUUUUUAUUUCAUCACAAACACAACAAGAUGGACCAAGUUAACCCUUUGACCGUAAGAGUGACUGAUUGUUAAACAAAUUCUCCUUGUCAGCACCUUAGAAUAUGUGUAAAAUAUAUGUAUAACAGUAUGGAGAAUAUGUAUACUGAUGUAAUGGUUUAAAGUGUUAACAAGGAAAGAAAGGUAUUCUUUUUAAAAUUUCUUACUUGUCGAGUUAUACAGAGGUGAUUAGUGGAUAAAUACUCUGAGUUAGUCUGAACAUGAAAAAACAACUGUGUCACUUCACUCGUAUGCGGAGCUUUUCUUUCGACCGAAGGAAGUAAACUGGAAGAAUUUCCGUAUAUCCCCAUACCACUGUAUUCUAAAACAAAGCAUAAGUCCCAAAGGUAAUCUACUGUUUUCGUAGUGGUUAAGUAAUGGGUGGUAGGGAAAUUUUACUCGUAAAUAUUUGCACCUGUUUUGCGGAAUAGAUUUACAAGGCAGCAGCGGCAGUGUUUAGCUUUCUACAAGAGAUAUUCCCUUCACUAAUUUACUUGCUUAUGUAAUUUCUUCUUUUGGCGCACAUCUCAGGGUGCAUUCUGGGGUAUGAUCGUGGGCUUCAUUGUGGGUGCAAUACGAAUGAUCCUGGACUUCACUCACUUAGAGCCUCGUUGUGGUGAAGAGGACACUCGACCAGGCAUCAUAGCCAAGGUUCACUACAUGUACUUUGCACUGAUCCUCUUUUGGAUCACAGUCUUCACUAUUGUGGUGAUCAGUUACUUCACUAAGCCGAGGCCUGAAGGAAAUGUGAGUAGAACAGUGUGUGUAUGCAUUUACUGAACUCAGCGGUCAAACGUGGGUCAUGCGUAAAUGGUCAGUUUUGUUCAGCCGCGCACUGAAUUGCGCACCAAUUUCGCGGCACUUGGUCUAAAUGUUUUGCUCCAGACGCAAGAGAAAUAUUUGAGUGAUAAGUAAUAAUUUCCAACUAGCGCAAGGAUAUGCUCAAAUUUUGAAGCUUUGCUCUCAGAAAACAGGGCCAGGGUCACAAGUUGAAUAGCCCUUUGGCCAUACAGCACUACCCCCUUUGCAUAAAGAGUUACUUUCUAUUAUAUCCACGAAAAAAAUAGUCGAGCAUGCAUGUUUUUGCGCCUUUUUUUUUUUUAUUAAGAGUGCUUUCCAGCCAACCGAAGCGAAGGAAAAUAACUUAUGGAGCCGAUUAGAACUCAAAGAAAUUUAAAAAAAAAAUUCUCACAGCGCGGGAAAACGCAAGUGACCAAGUCGCGAUUGGUUGAUUGUUUGAAUCUGAUUGGUUUAGAAAGUUGCACGCAUUUUAUGGACCAAUCACAGAGCGAAGUAAAGCGUUGCUAACUUAAGUGUUACUGAACCUCAGACUGCUCGGUUGACCUGGUGGACAUUACACGAGAAGCCAUCGGACACAGACGUCAUGGAGGAAGCCAGGGACGAGGAGAUUGAAAAGCAAGAAAUUCCUGAGGAGGAUGACAUAGAAAUGGAAGAGAUAGAGGCAGAUGAAGACAAGGAGAAGGGAGCAACUGAGGAAACGCCGACCGUGACUUUGAGACCAUCGAGUGAGUGAACACUUGAAGUUGUCAGUUACUAUUGCUGUUGUUUUUGAUGCUACACUUUCAAUGUUUUGACUCAAAGCUUUGAAUUAACGACCUAUAAAUUUUAUUUUUCCAAACGCGGUCCUGACAUUGUCACUUAUCGCCCUCGAGAACAUAAUUUUCCCACCAGUUUGUAAUUUGAACAAGCAAGAGCACUUUCUGUCGUACAACCAACGCCAAUCUGAUGAAAAAAAGGGAAUAUCAGGGGAGUUAACGUAAACUCAAAGCAAUCUGCAUGAAGAGAACAAACUGCCUGCAGCACGGAUGAGAACAUGGCCUUGACUUAGUUGUGAUUACUAUUAAUUUUGCAUCUGAUUGGUUGAGAGAGUUGCAUGAGUUUUCGGGACCAAUCAUAGAUUAGGAAAACUCUCUCGUGUCAAUUUGUGCCAAGCACUCACCAACCAUUACGCUAUAGAAAUCUCGAGCUCAUUAUCUAAUUAUUACCUAGUAUACUGUUGUUACUGCCCUCACAUUUCAUCUUGCCUUUCAGGGCAUCCACCAGAAUCGAAAAUAAAGCGUUUGUACUCGUGGUUCUGCGGCUACGAGGCUGGAACAGAAGAAGCAAAGAAAGCAGCUCAUGAACAACACGAGCGGCUGGCCAUGAUCACAUCGCUUGAACGAGAUCCAAGAGCGGAAACGUUCCUCAACAUAAAUGUGGUCAUCAUUCUUGCAGUCGGGCUCUACCUCUACAUUUUCUUUUCCAUUUAAAUUUUUUUCAGUAGACAGAGUUGUCAAUAAAUUUCGGUAGCCGGUCAAAAUCACUUGCUAGUUUGCCAAGAGUAUCCGGCACCUUUAACCACAUUUUAUUACAAGCGCGGAAGAAAAAUCGUACAAUUGUUGAAAUGCAAUUAAAAAAAAAUUUGCACAAAAGCCAUUUUUCGGUUUUUUAGUAAAAUUGAACGCAUAAUUUACCAGUAAAAGGUUUAGAUGUGUGAUAAGAUUCCAAGUAGCUUGAUAGUUCGUGCGAAUUUCGUGGACAGCCUGACUAAGAGAGUUCCGCGUCUUGCGUAUGGUUCUACUUUCAAACGUAUUGACACCCUUCGUUGAACAUGUUUUAACUGGUGUGACCAGUUUCUCUUAUCUUGUCGAUCGGCUCGUUUUACGUCCUUUUUCGUUGAACACUAAACGAUCUGAAGCUGCAGUGACAGUGUGUUACCUGGUUUGGUUUUGGUGACAGUAGUAUUCGUUAGAGCUCAUAGUUUCCGGUUACAUUUCAUGCGUUAUCCAGAUGUGAUAGUGAUGGCCAUGUUGGGCAAAAAUGCUUAACGAGGUUUAAUUGAGAAAAUAGUUUUUGAAAUUUUUAUAUACAGUAUGAUAGAUUACAUGUCAUUUUCUUAGAUUUGUCCAGAAUUAUAUAUUUAUAUCAUGUAAUUCCUAAUACCCUUUAAUACGCUAUAGUAAAACGUAUAUGUUUGGUUUUUGGUAACUGAGUGAAUAAAGUUUUUUGUGAGGUAGUUUGAUCAGUAAUUUGUGAUAAUUAUGUAAGAUAAAUCACAAAUCUAAUUAUUUAGAAAUGAAG